GGCGCACGGACACGCUAUAAUACUCCCCUCGAUCGCCGGCUACCCGCUCCAUCGGCGCGAGGCCCAUCGAUCGCAUUCCCGUCGGCGAGAGCGAGCUCAUCAUCCGCACCGCGCCAGCAGCAUGGCCGCGCCGCCGCUGCUCCGGCAUUGGCGCCGCCUCGCCGUGAUCGGCGCCGUCCUCGCGCUCCACCUCGCCGCCGCCGUGGCCCAGUCGCCAGCGACACCUGCUGCGCCCACGACCCCGGCAGCGCCAACUACACCGGCCGCGCCAACGACCCCUGCUGCACCCACGACACCUGCUGCGCCGACGACACCGGCUGCACCCACGACCCCCGCUGCGCCGACCACCCCUGCUGCACCCACGACACCUGCUGCGCCGACGACACCGGCCGCGCCGACCACCCCUGCUGCGCCCACGACACCGGCUGCACCGACGCCGCCGGCAACGCCCGCGCCCACCGCCACCCCGGCCGCGCCAGCGAACCCGCCGCCGACCCCGGCAACGCCCGCGCCCGCCGCCACCCCGGUCCCGCCGUCAAAGCCGCCGCCGGCUGCGCCCGCUGUCGCGCCGGCCAAGCCCCCGCCGGUGGUGACGCCUCCCCCCGCAGCGACGCCGCCUCCCUCGACGCCGCCGCCCGCCACGCCGCCGGCGGUGCUCCCGCCCGCGGCCGCGCCUCCGCCGACGGCCACGCCCCCGGCCGAGGCGCCCGCGACGCUGCCCCCCGCCACGCCCCCGCCCGUGGCCGAGGCGCCCGCGACGCUGCCGCCGGCCGAGGCGCCGUCCAAGGGCAAGAACAAGCACAAGAGGAGGAAGAAGCAGCACGGCAAGAAGGAGGCACCCGCGGAGGCGCCGCAGCCGCUGAGCCCGCCGGCGCCCGCCGCGCCGUCGCCCGCCGAUCUCGAGGACGUGUCCGGCCCCGCGCCCUCGGCAUUCGACGUGAACGCGAGCAGCCGGCAGCACCAGCACUGGGGCGUCGUCGUCCUGCAGACCGCCAUGGCUGCGCUUUUGCUAUCGCUAGCGUGGUAAACCCCCCAGACAGAGAUCCAUACGUAUAUCAGUGUACCAGAUGAUUGAUUUAAUUAUCUCCGUUAUUGGUGUUCGUGCUGUACCAUCAUCGUAGACCGGUGAGAUUACCUGCGGGAUCUGUCAUAGGAACCAUUGGAGUGCGGCUUGUGAUAAAUUUUUGACAUGUUUUGUAUCCAUUUUUUUUGGUUUAUCUUGGAAUAAAGGCUCACAUUUGGUCAGAUAAA